GAACAGUCCUGUUCAUCUAUAGCCUCAGUUCUACAGUCAGUAAACUGUCCCCUGAGAGAACUGGACCUGAGUAACAAUGACCUUCAGGAUUCAGGAGUGAAGUUUCUCUGUGUGGGACUGAAGAAUCCACACUGUAAACCGGAGAUACUGAGGUUGUCUGGUUGUUUAGUGACAGAUGAAGGUUGUUCUUCUCUGGCUUCAGCUCUGAGUUCAAACCCCUCACACCUGAGAGAACUGGAUCUGAGCUACAAUCACCCAGGAGACUCAGGAGUGAAGCGUCUCUCCACACAGAUGAACCAGCAGUGUCGACCUAAUGUGGACCAUGGUGGAGAAUUCAUGAUCAAACCAGGAUUAUGAUAAUAUGCCUGUGAUCUCACACUGGACCCAAACACAGUAAACACACGCCUCUCUCUGUCUGAGGGGAACAGAAGGGUGACGCUGGGAGAGAAUCAGUCAUAUCCUGAUCAUCCAGAGAGAUUUGAUGAGUGUCGUCAGGUCAUGUGUAGAGAGAGUCUGACUGGACGCUGUUACUGGGAGACUGAGUGGAGUGGAGAUUAUGGUGCUGUUAUAUCAGUGACAUAUAAAGGAAUCAGGAGGAAAGGAGAGAGUGAUGACUGUGUGUUUGGAGACAAUGAAAAGUCCUGGAGUCUGUGUUGCCGUGGUAACUGUUACUCUGCCCGUCACAAUAAACAGGACACUGUCAUACCUCACCACCCCUCACACACACACAGAGUGGGAGUGUAUCUAGACUGGUCAUCUGGAACUGUGUCCUUCUACAGCGUCUCCUCUGACACACACACACUCACACACUUACACACAUUCCACUGCACAUUCACUGAACCCCUCUAUGCUGGGUUUUAUGUUUAUAAUGACUCC